UAUUUAAUUCUUAGGCUGUCCUUCCGAGGCGCCUCGCGUGACUUCCUUACCUGGGUCACACCCCCUCAUUCAUUACAGCAGCCAACCAGCUUCUUUUCUCACAUCCGGGCAACGCUGCUCCUCCUAGUCCGAUGCUCGACUGGUGGAGGUACCCGGUGCUUUGGUGGUGGAGAAGCGACUUCUUGAUUUCGCUCGGACACCCUGCUGGGUCGGAGGUUGUCUGUGUGUGUUGUAAACGUAUGGGAACCUACCUUACCUGUCAAGCCAUUGUGGAACACUGGAGACACCUGGUGCCUGUCUGAAGCAUUGCGCAACAAUCUGCCCUGGUCCUGAGUGAGACGAUCAGCAAUUGGUCACAGCCAGCAAGGAGUUAAAGCUAGCAGGGAUCCUGGAGCAGCAGGAGGCAUCCUGGGGCAAUGGGGACACACAGGUGGAUGAUCUGGCAUUCCAGGAAUUACUGGACUUCUAUGGUUAUGAAGCUUCGGAUCCCCUUUCUGACCAAGAGGGUGAAAUCAAAGGAUCUGACUCUGAGCUGCACCAGAGUAGCCAGGAAUUGGAAUCAGUAGAUGAUGUGCCCCUUGAAGCUGAACAGAUGCCCCCCUCUUUGCCUCCUAGGGAUUCACUCAGUCUCUCUCCCUGGUCUCUCGCUCAUGAGGACCGGACACUGGAGCCAUCUAGAGUUGAAGAAGAGACAAUGCUCAGCUGUCAGGCCCAGCUUCCAAAUCUGCAUUAUAUUCCACCUGCUGAGAGAGAUUUUGAUGGAAAAGACCAGAUAUUAUGGGAUCCUGAUGUCCUCCCUGAACAAGAGGUGGAGGAAUAUCUGAUUCGUGUCUCUGAGCUUCAGCACAGAGCAGGCAGAACAUAUGUUCAUGAUGCAGAGCUUGUAAGGGAUAAUGAGCAGGCACUCUAUGAGUUGGUCAAGUGUGGAUUUAACUCAGAGGAAGCUAUUCGAAGGUUGCAUUUUAAUGUGAAGGUUGUACAAGGUGGACUCGGUGCCUGGAGUGAAGAUGAGCGGAGACAUUUUGAGCAUGGGUUCCGUGUUCACGGCAAGAAUUUCCACCUUAUCCAGGCUAACAAGGUUCGAACAAGAUCAGUAGGGGAGUGUGUUCAGUACUAUUACCUCUGGAAGAAGUCUGAACGCUAUGAGCUUUUUAGACAGUCUCGUCUGGGGAAGAGGAAGUUUGGGAACGCACCAUCUGUGGAGAAUGAAUUUGACCUACCAGAAGCAGCAUGUCCAACAAAGUUGCACGAAUCUGUAUUCAGAGGAGAACGUUUAGGACAAACAGCUGUUACACAGAGAAAUUCUGUAAACUAUACCACCUGCAGUUGCAACAAAGACCAGUGUUCCUGUGGAAUGAGAAGACAAUCUGUUGCCAACUCCAGUGGCUAUCAAAAAGCCCCUCCAAUCACUGGUGACCUCAUCAGCCUCAACUUUUCUCAGCAAACUCUGCCCUUGCUGCCUGAUUUAAAGGCUCAGGAUCCACCAUUAUCCACUUUCUCUAUGACAGAAAUGGCACUAUCCGACUUCCUCUCAACACCCUCUCUUCUUUGUACUGCCUCUCUUCCUCCCUAAUACCUAUUUUCUAUUCAAUUUUCUGGAGACGUGAGAUAAAGACUUUAAGUUACAGAUACAGGUCAUUCUGGUCAUUUUCAACAGGAACAAAGAAGUGUUGUUAUUUUCCUGAUAACUUUCAUUGGAGACCCAUCUCUCUCCCACAGGUGCCUGUUGCACCCAAAUUAUUCUCCUCAGGGUGAACUUAACUAGUAUUUAGCCACUGUGCUAGAAAACACUGGUGGGUGAAAACACUAAUUUGUUGUACAGUGACAGCAGUUUAGCCAUUUCAUAAAUUCUAUUAAAGAACCUUGAGUGCCAGAAUAUUGUGAUACAGCUCACAGUAUAUAAUUUCCUUUGUAGCCUUUAGGAAUUGUCUGAAUACAAAUUAGGUUGCUCCCUAGGAUGUCAUCAUGUGGAGAAUGCCUAAAAACUUUUUUUAUGCACCCUCUUUGCCAGCAAUAGAAUAGGAUGCAUUUAUUUUUGUGGGUGGUUAAAUUAUUUUUCAAAGUUUUGCUCUUUAAAUGUAAGUAUUUUAGACUUUUUCAAUGAAAUGUCCUGAUGUAUUUUUUUGGGUAAAAUACUAGCCUGUAUUUCUAUGUUGCGAUGAUAACAUUUGUUAUUGCUAAACUUCUUUACUGAUGUGUAUUUAAGAGCACAACUCCUUUUUUCUCUCUGUUGUCUUUUGUCUCUCUCUGUACAAGAGUCUGGUUGCCAAAACAUAGGUCGUGUUUUAUACAUACUUAAAUUCUUAUAUAAUUUUGAAAUUAAACAUUUGUACAGAAUUCAAACGGGUGUCUGCAGUCAAGAUCCUUACAUGAAGUGAUGUCUUAAAGAAGAUUCAAACUCUGCCUAUUCUUGACUACAAUGGUGGUGCUCUGUCUGAAUAAUCUGUUGCUUAUAAGAUCAAUGUGUCAUAUGAAAUUAAGAAUAAAUCAGAUGGCACUCAGAA